UCCAUAUACGGUUGCCGUAAAUCGAACAAACUCAGUCAGUUUGUGAUUAUUUAUCCAUCAUUUUGUUUGUUCUAGUCUGUCUUAUUGAUUUGUUUCAAAAAUAUGUUUCCGUUUGUUGAUUUAUUCAACAGAAUCUGCAAUAAUGCUUCAAUUAUGACGCCAAUUUUAAUGAUAAUGAAAUUAAAAUUUGUUUGUAUCGAAUAAUAACAAACGCGAUAUUUGAUUAAAAAUUUUAAAUGUGCAGCUAAUUUUUGAAAUUUGCAUUUUAAGUGAUAAUGAUCACUUUAUUCUGAUAAUUAAUAUUAUUAUUUUGAAAAUUCAUUCAUUUGUUUGAUAUUUUGAACCGAAUUUAUUUAAUUACAAAAUGACUGACGAUUCGAGUGUUCGGGUGGCAGUUAGGAUUCGUCCUCAGGUAGCUCGUGAGGUGAUAGACAUGUGCAGAAUUUGUACUCAAGUACCACCAGGUGAACCUCAAGUAUUUCUUGGUCCGGAUAAGGCUUUUACUUAUGACUAUGUAUUUGACACGGAUGCUCAGCAACAUACAAUCUACGAGACUUGUGUUUCUAAACUUAUUGAAGGUGCUCUUGAUGGUUAUAAUGCUACUGUUUUGGCCUAUGGACAAACUGGUUCCGGUAAAACUUAUACAAUGGGUACUGGAUUUGAUGUCGAAGUCGAUGACCAUGUUGUUGGUAUCAUUCCUAGAGCUAUACGGCAUUUGUUUAAUGGCAUUGCUGAAAAGCAAAGGAAGGCUAGGGAAAGGGCUCAUAUGCCACCUGAAUUUAAGGUGACAGCACAGUUUCUCGAGCUCUACAAUGAAGAUUUAAAAGAUCUUUUAGAGCCUGGUGGACCUCGGGGAGGUGCUAGAAUUCACGAAGACACAUCAGGGAAUAUACAUUUAGCUGGUGUUGAACCAAGAGUCGUAACAAGUCCAGAGCAAGCACUAGAAUACCUUCGAUUAGGUGCACUUUCACGUACAACAGGAUCAACACAAAUGAAUACACAAUCAUCAAGGUCUCACGCGAUAUUUACUUUAUACAUAAAACAGCAGAGAUGCAUUAAAGUUGAAGAUCCAGAUGCUGAUGUUGAUACAAGUAGUACAGAACCGAUGAAUGAAUUUGAAACUUUAACAGCAAAAUUCCAUUUUGUUGAUUUAGCUGGUUCUGAGAGAUUAAAACGUACUGGUGCAACUGGAGAUCGUGCUAAGGAAGGUAUUUCAAUAAAUUGCGGGCUUUUAGCAUUAGGAAAUGUCAUUUCAGCUCUUGGUGAUAAAUCGAAGAAAGCUCUUCAUGUGCCUUAUCGAGAUUCCAAACUCACUAGACUCCUCCAAGAUUCUUUAGGUGGAAACAGUCAAACGUGUAUGAUUGCUUGUGUUUCUCCAAGUGAUAGAGAUUUUAUGGAGACCUUGAGUACUUUAAAAUAUGCUAAUCGUGCUCGUAAUAUUAAGAACAAGGUGAUGAUCAAUCAAGACAAGAGUUCUAGAACUAUCGCAUCACUAAGGAGAGAAAUUCAACAGCUUCAGUUGGAGUUAUUAGAGUAUAGACAGGGUAAAAGAGUUGUUGGUGAUGGUGUUAAUGAUGCUUGGCAUGAAAAUCAGAUGUUAAAUAGUGAAAUGCAGAGUUUGAGAACUAGAGUUAAAGCACUUUCUGAAACUGUUGAAGCAUUAACAGCUAAAAAUGCAUUACUUCUUGCUGAAAAAGCUGCAGGAAAAUGGGUUUCAUCUGGUGGUGAAGAUGUUUCGAGUCUUGUACUUGGUUAUGUUCAAGAGAUUGAAGAAUUAGGUGCUAGAUUACUUGAAGCUGAAGCUAUGUAUCAGCAGUUAAAGAAACGACAAAUGCAUAUUCAAGCUGCUAAUCCAUAUGCUGAGUCUUAUCCGGUCAAUGAUUCUUCAUCAUUGAUUGCUGAAGCUAAGAGGGAAUUGAAAAAAGAAAUUGAUACUUUGGCAGCUUUAAAAGAACAACAAGGAUCAACGAAGGAAUUUGAUGACGAGGAAGAUCAGGAAAAUGGUCAAGAAUCAUUGAGUGAAGAUGAUUCUGAUGAUGAAGAUCGUAAAGAAGAAGAUGAAGAAGAGGAAGCUAUUGGUAGAGAAUUAGAAGCUUUAACUUCAGAUAUUGAUGUCAAACAGAGGCUUAUUCAAGAGUUAGAAUUGUCACAAAGGAGAUUGCAGACUAUGAAACAACACUAUGAAGAUAAAUUAGCACAACUUCAAGCUAGAAUUCGUGAUACUCAGGAAGAAAGGGAUAAAGUAUUGUCGUCGCUCCAGCAACAGACUUCACCACCUACAGAGAAAGUAAAAAAAUUGAAAGACGAGUAUGAAAAGAGACUUUCAGCGAUGCAGAAGGAAGUCAAGUUACUUCAAUCUGCUAAGAAAGAGCAUGCCAAAUUGUUGAAAAGUCAAACGGAGAAUGAGAAUAGGUUGAGGGGUUUAAAGAAUGAAUUGGCGGAGAUGAAGAGAGCGAAAGUGAAGCUUUUGAAUAAAAUGAGAGAAGAAGCACAGAGGCAUAAAGAGAAUGAACUUAAAAGGAAUAGAGAAAUAGCACAGUUGAGAAAAGAAAGCCGUAAGAAUGCUAAUAUGAUCAGAACUCUAGAAGCUGAUAGGCGGAUGAAGGAGGUUGUGUUGAGACGAAAACAAGAAGAGGUCACGGCUUUAAGAAAAAGAGAUAGAGGAUUGAGUGAAAAAGCUGCUGGACGUGUCCCUAAUAAACCUCCUAAUCUUAAAGCUUUGAAACAACGCUGGCAAACUUUUGAAAGAACUAUUACUAAACAAGCUUUAGCAAAGCAAGCUAUUGCUGAGACUGAAAGAGAAAUGGAAAGACUUUUGGCUGAGAGGGAGGAACUUGGUAGAGAUCUAGAGCGACUUCAGAAAUAUAGAAAUAGUUUAGCAAGCCGUGGAGAUGAUCGUAAUGCUGCUGAUAUUGAUGAAGACAUUGAUAAUAUUAAAAGUAAAAUUGCUUAUGUUCAAGAUAGUAUUGCUGAGUGCCAAAGGGAUAUGGUAGAAAUGGGUGAUGCUGAUGAUGGUGAACCGGGUGUUGAAGCUUUAGUGUCGUCCGUUAAAAGUGUUGAUGAAGCUCAAUAUCUUAUUCAAAGGAUGCUAACUUUUACGGUUGAUCAGAGUUUUGCUACUGCACAGAAACAACUUGAAGUGCGGGAUAUGGAAUCGAGGUUGAAUCAAGUUGCACAGGAAAAUGAUGUUCAACAUCAAUUACUUGAACAUGUGUUAAGAGAUCGUGAUCUUUUGUCACUUUCGCAUCAUCAUCAGGGAUAUAGCCCACAAAGUUCAAGGUCUUCAUCACCAGAUAACAGCGAAACUUACAGUCAAGUGUCAAUCGCUGAAGGUAAAAAGACCAACAAAGUUCGUCGACGAACAACCCAACCACAGGAACUUUUAUACGGCGUUGACACAUCAAAUGAUAACUCUAAAGUUGAUCAGCAGAAUCAAAACCAUAACCAUCCAUUAACCCGAGUACCAAGUGCUCCUGGAAGUCUUAAGGGUUUGGUAUUGACUAGAAGUCAGCAUGGAAGCACUGGCGGUGGAUCACCGACAUUAAGUCGGCGUGAUAGCACAUCACCAAGACCACUGCGUCGACCUCACCCUGGAGGUGGUUCCAUGGAACAAGUAUCACAAUUGGACGUUUCAUCACCACCUGGUUCACCAACGAUUUAUCGUCGAUUCAAUAGUCGAGAGGAAAAUGUUUUUUCACGACUUACAGCGACACGUCAGUCGCUUCCACAUGAUCCUCAACCUACCAAAGGUAUUAUUUCGUCUUAUCCAGGAAAGGUACAACCAAGAGCUACUUUGCAAUGUACUCAUGUAGCUGAGGGUCAUAGUAAGGCUGUUUUGGCAAUUGAUGCGACUCCUGAUUUACUAUUCAGUGGAUCGAAAGAUCGCUCCGUAAAAGUAUGGGACUUGGGAUCAGGCCUAGAGAAUAUGACAUUAAGUGGACACCCCAAUAAUGUGGUAGCAGUCAAAUAUUCUCGUCUCCACAAUCUUCUAUUCAGUGUUUCAGCGGCCUAUGUUAAAGUUUGGGAUUUAAGACUUGGAAAUUCAUGCAUUAAAACACUCUAUUCAUCUGGACAAGCUCAAAGUGGGCCUAUAUCACUCUCAACACCUUCUAGAACACUUCAAUUACCUGUUGGAGAAACGACAAUAAAUGACAUUGCUUUGAGUUUAAAUGAACAAGAGAUUUAUACUGCAUCGAGUGAUAAAGUACGGAUAUGGGAUUUGAGAAAAUUGACAUAUUCAGGAAGACUCACUACACCACAUACUGCUGCUGUUAUGUGUCUGACUGUUGCUCAGGAUGGUAGAGUUAUUACUGGAAGUAAAGACCAUUUAAUUUCCUUGCUUGACACAAAUGUUUCUGGACAAUCUGUUAGUCUAGCACCACCACAUUACGAUGGUGUACAAUGUCUGGCUCCAAGUGGCAAUAUUUUAUUCUCUGGUUCUAGAGAUAUGUGUAUAAAACGAUGGGAUUUAAGUAAAAUGGAGUUGAUCCAAUCGUUAAACAAUGCUCAUAAAGAUUGGAUUUUAGGAUUGUGUACAAUAAAUAGUGGAUCAGUGCUCAUUUCAGGAUGUAGAGCAGGAAUUCUUCGAGCUUGGUCAGUUCCUAGAGAUCAAGCUGGUGAAUGUACACAAAUGGGAGAAAUUAGAGCACAUGGAUCUGCUAUUAAUGCUGUUGUGACGAAUCAACAACAUAUUUUCACUGCUAGCAACUCGGGUGAAGUUAAACUCUGGCGUGUUUUUGAUCCUUCCCUAGCAAUGUCUGUUUCCACUAUGUCGAUCUAACUCACUUUGAUCAUAUGCUUAAUUAUUCUUUUCAUUUAUUUUUAUUAUAUGUUUUUUUUUUAAACAAAAUCUUCAUUUAUUAGUAAUUUAACAAAAUAUCUUCAUUUAUUUACCUCGCUUUAUUGGCUAUAUAAUAUUUUUUAGCAAUUAUGUUAAUUGUGAACUAAUUUUUUAAUUAAGUAAUACAUUUUUUAAAUAUUUAUUUGCUAUCAUUGUGUUAUUGGUAUGUUCAUACAUCACAUUUUUCUCCUU